ACGCGCGGGCGCACUACGGGGGCCAAGGAAGGAAGAUAUGUGGUCGCGGUUGGGGUGGCUGGGCCUUCGGGCCCUUCUGGGCGGGCGCCAGGGCUUCACCUCCAAGGCAGAUCUUCAGGGCAGUGGCCGGAUCACGGCCGAGUUGAUCGAGCACCUGGAGCGUCUAGCGCUUGUGGACUUCGGCAGCCGCGAGGCAGUGGCGCGACUGGAGAAAGCUAUCGCCUUCGCCGACCGGCUACGCGCCGUGGACACCGACGGGGUGGAGCCCAUGGAGUCGGUCCUGGAGGACAGAUGUCUAUACCUGAGAUCCGACAAUGUGGUAGAAGGCAACUGUGCUGAUGAAUUACUACAAAACUCCCAUCGCGUCAUGGAGGAGUAUUUUGUGGCCCCUCCAGGUAAUAUCUCUUUGCCAAAGCUGGAUGAACAAGAGCCAUUCCCACACAGCUGAGUAGCUCAUUCUGGAAAGGGUACUCUGUGAACAUGUGGAAGCAUGACAGUAUUUUCUUACUGUGAACACUAACGUUCCUGCUUUUUUCAGUCACCUGAAAAAAAUGGAUGCUUAAGCAUUUCUUAAUAACAGAUUCUUCUGAAGACAGAAUUGGGAAAGAUCUGGCCCCAACAAGGCAAUGAGUUCCCGAUGCUAACUGAGGUGAAAGAAAAGCAAAAGUCAGCUUCCAAGGAAUUCACUUCACAGGACUGUUCAGUAUGGAAGACAUUAUUUAUCUGCCUUUAACUCCCCCAAAGGACCAUACCAGCUGCAUGAAAGUGAACUUUUCUAUCUACGUAACCGGUAGACGGAGCAUCUUGAUCACUAUGUGACAACCUUGGCUGUCAUUUUUAGUUGCCAUUUGCAUUGAUUUGAGCAGGCCUAUCUUUACCGAACAUAGCUGAAUUUGUUCCUGGGCUCCCACUUUCUUCCUAGAAAAGGGCUAACUUCCUACUAAGGUCUGAAGAGUGUUGAAAGUAGACUAGAGCUUGGGAACUCCUAACCUAGAACUAUCUGCCAUCCCACAAAGUGAUUAUAUGCCAAAGGGAUACUAGUCAUUCCUAGUGUUUCUCUUUCUGAAAAGAGAACUUAUCCUAAAAUUAGCCCUGGGCCUGGGACAAAGGAGCCCUCUCCACCCCCAAAAUGAUUAUUAAAUUGAGAUGAGUCCAAGAUAAAACUCAGAUACCAAAGAUAGAUGAAACUUAUUUAGGGAUAAAAGUGGGCCGGGCGCGGUGGCUCACUCCUGUAAUCCCAGCACUUUGGGAGGCUGAGACGGGCGGAUCACGAGGUCAGGAGAGACCAUCCUGGCUAAUGUGGUGAAACCCCAUCUCUACUAAAAAUACAAAAAAUUAGCCGGGCAUAGUGGCAGGCGCCUGUAGUCCCAGCUACUCAGGAGGCUGAGGCAGGAGAAUGGCGUGAACCCGGGAGGCAGAGCUUGCAGUAAGCCGAGAUCGCGCCACUGCACCCAGCCUGGGCGACAGAGCAAGUCUCAAAAAAAAAAAAAGAGUGAUAGAAUCAGAGUUUUUCCUCUAACCAAACUGCCAAAGUUGGUUUUGGCUAAGAAUUUCCCAUCAUAUUUAUGCUGCUGCUCAUUUUUUUAGUUUUCUGAGACAGGGGUCUCGCUCUCACCCAGGCUGGAGUGCAGUGGUGGGAUCACAGAUCACUGCAGCCUCCAACUCCUGGGCUCAAGUGAUCCUCCCACCUCAGCCUCCUAAGUAACCGGGACUAUAUAUGUGCAUCACCACGUCCAGUUAAUUUUUUUUUUAAGUAGAGAUGCAGUCUUGCUAUGUUGCCUAUCUGGUCGUGAACUCUUAGCCUCAAGGGAUCCUCCAGCAUGCCUUGGCCUCCCAAAGGGCUGGGAUCACAGGCAAAAGCCACCAUGUGUUUAUUUUUCCUAUUCCCUUCCUUUAUCUGCAAUGCUUUUUUCUUUAAGGCAGCCUAAUUUACGACUUGGCCUUGAAUUAAAAAAGAACCCAGAACCCGCUCUUGGAGUUUACGUUCUCAAACCAACAUCAGAGCAACUGUCUAUCCCCAUAUAAAUAAAGUUAUCUACCCCUGCUCCUUACUGAGUACAAGUUAUGACUACAACUCAGUGAUUUUUUAAAUUAGUGUGCCUAUUUGGUGAAAUCUGUGAACUUAAUCAAGGACAACGACACAUGUCAAUUACUAAACGUUUAAAAUAUAUUUCUAAACAGAAUGGGCCGACUCAGUCACAGUAACUGUUGAUCUCCAUAGUAGAGCAACCCACAAAGACAGAACUGAUUUUUUUCCCAUAAUCAGGGGUGAAAAAUAUACAACUUGUUUCUGAACCAAAACCACAAUUUCUGCAGUUUAAAAUGUUUCACUGCUAAUAUGGCCCUGGUAGAAAUUAUGUAGUUUUUUUUUCUUUAAAAAAAAAAAAAAAAAUUAAAAAAAUUUCCUAAGACACUAAAUCCUCAAUCUGGAAUGUAGAUUCUGAGCACAAAGCAGCUCAGUUAACCUAAAAAAUAAAGAAAAAAUUCCCAUCACCUGUCUCAGUAGGGCCUGAAAGGAGAGAAGUAGUGUGGGGAACCCCUGCUUUGGUAUGGAGAGUCACGGCCCCUUGACCCAGACCGAGACCGUGAGUAGCCAUAGCUGGUGCUUCUCUCAGGAUAAACUCGGAUGUAGGAAGUUUCACCCUGAAAUGCAAACAAAAACAAAAAGAGCAAAGGGGAAAAAAAUCAGAGCCAGAAGAAUAAGCAAACCAACAUCUAACAAUAAUAGUUAAGUAUUGAGCACUUACUGUGUACUCUGUGCCUGGCAUGAGGCUAUCUCAUUAAACUCUCAUAACAUUAUGAGGUAGGUACUCUUAUUAUCCCAUUUCAAGAAUGAAGAAAAUUAAGACUUAAGUUACAUCAUUUGCCCAAGGUAACACAAUAAAUGCCAAAUUUGACAUGUUGAUACUCAAUUAACUAUUAUAAACAAUAUAUCUGAAUUACUGCCAUUGACCCCCCUCAAAGCUAAGAACUGGAAAGGAUCUCAGGGGUCAUAUAGUUUAAUCCCCUGCCACCUCAUUUAUGCAUCUUUGGAUGGGCAUCUAUGGAAGGAGCUAGCCUGUAUUUAAUACCUUCCAGGUGUGAGGACCUGAGCUAGAUGCUUUAGAGGUUAUCCUCUUGCUGUAGAUUCCUGGCAAGUCUUGUGAUGGUGCUAUUUUGUGACCAUUUUGCCCAUGAAGGAAUCGAGGUUCCAAGAGUAGUGCAGGUAAGGAAUUAAUAAGCAGCAGAGGAGUCAUGUCCAGGCUGGCUUGUCCCCAGGCCCUCUGCCUUCAGCCACCAUUCUCAGAAGAUCCAAAGAUGCCAAGGGGAAAGAAGCCGGAUGUUUUUUCACCUUAGGUGAAAGUCAGUAAUUGGAGUUACCCUUUCUGAGGCCCUGCUUUGCAGUAUAACUGAGGAUCAGGUACUGUUCUGUUUCUGCUCCAAAUUCAAGUCCUAGAGGACAGUCUGAACAAAAGCAUCAUUAAACCAGGGAAGGACCAACCUCUAAGCCAAAACCUAGGGAAUUAUAUGAAUCCUCAGAAAAAGCAAUGAGCCCAGAGACCUGUGUCCCCAAACAUCUGUAAAUCUCAUAGUAAGGCAGGACAGGAUAACCAAAAAAAAAACAAUGUCCAAUUGGUGGUCUGGUUUCUGGUCUCAAUGGUACCAAAGGGAUAGUCAACACUUCAAUCAAACAGAUCCAAAACAGCGGCUGCUUUCCUACAAGGAAAGACAUCAAGAACUACUGAGUCUCAAGGGUGAGGUAAUCAACCACAAGAAAAUGUUACGGUUUAGCCUGGCACAGUGGUGCAUGCCUGCAGUCCCAACUACUGGAGAGGCUGAGGUGGGAGGACUGCUUGGGCCCAGGAGUUCAAGGUCAGCCUGGGCAAUAUAAUGAGACUCUGUCUCUAAAAUAAAAAAUUAGAGAAAUACAAAAAUUAUAAAAUUAAAAAAGAAAAUGUCAUGAUAGCUCAGGUUUCAGAGAUGAUGCUGCACUACUCUGGGAAAAAAGUGAAGUGACAGUUCAGCCCAGACAGCAGGACCUAGAAGGGCUGAGAUGAAGAGGCUGGCCUGUAGAGCUCAGCCUAGACCCACAGGAGGGGUAGCUGAGUUCACAGAAGGAUACUGUCAUUUAAGCUGGUUGUGAAUGGGGUGGUAUCAAGACUGACUGCACUAGUAUUCUCUCCAGGUUACAAAUACCAUGACCAAACUGUUCAUGUGAUACUAAUAUGCAGAAUAAAGCAUAUUAAAAAACAAA